UGUGUUAAUGUGACAUGCUAAACACAUAGUGCAGUAUUCUUGCAAAUAUUCUUGAACUGAUUUGAUUGAACCAGCUCUGAGAUUUGGAUUUACCAAACAAUAUGCUUUUGUUUAAUAUCCACUAGAAAAAGUCCAAGAUUUCAGCCUCACGUAAACUAAUGCUAAAGAGCCUGAUGGUUGCUAAAGCUAAAGAGAUGGUGGAGCAGGAGAUGAUGGAUAAGGAGGAGGAGAAGCAGCGGUAUCUGGCAGAGAAAGCCCCUCCUCUACAGACUGGUGGAAUGUCUUUUGCAGAGCUCCAGGAACUGUGUCAAGAGCUCCAUGCCAAGAUAGACGUGGUGGAUGAGGAGCGCUACGAUAUUGAAGCAAAAGUGCUGCAUAACACCAGAGAGAUAAAAGAUCUAAACAUUAAGGUCUUAGACUUGAGAGGGAAGUUUAAGCGGCCCAAUCUGAGAAGGGUGAGAGUGUCAGCAGAUGCUAUCCUGCGCUCUCUCUUGGGCUCCAAACACAAGGUGUCAUUAGACCUGAGAGCAAACCUCAAGUCAGUCAAGAAAGAGGACACAGAGAAGGAAAAGACAGUAGAGGUUAGUGACUGGAGGAAAAAUGUGGAGGCCAUGUCUGGAAUGGAAGGCCGCAAGAAAAUGUUCGAUGCUGCCAAGGGGCCUGUGCAGUGAUCAAGACGUGGGAUCAACUGAGAGUGAAGAGGCAAUGCUGACUUCUGCUUAAUCAAUUCAAGUCAAAUAUUACAUUAAUAUCUAUAUCUCCAUUAUCGGUUAUUGUUGGCAUACUGCCUAUAACCUAUAUUACAUAUACAGUAAAUUGUCUAUAUACAUAUAAUUGUUGUAUAUGUAUUCCCAAUACCUAAGUAACAUACAGUAUAUUAUAUCAGAUUAUGUGUCAGUUUAUGCCGGUGUCAGAAACUUCUCUUAAUGGUCAUUGCUAUGCCUCAUCGCCAAAUCUCUUAGCCUGUCCAGUCUAAAGUGACUUGACAACCUUCUCUAAGGUUUGGCAGAAGUACAUGUCCACCAAAAUAUAAUAAGUAAUUCAAGUAAAAAAAAAAAAAAAUCCGAUUCAGUCAGAGAUGACCACAACCACAACACUGGACUCAGCCCAUAGACACAGUUUUGUUUGAUACUGACCUUCUCAAUAAAUUCUAUUUCGUUUCUAUAAA